CUGAAAAAUACGUUUCCUUGUCCGUAUGUCAUAUGCGAGAUUGUGCGAAGGACCGAACACUAUGAAACAAAUAAAAUAAAAAAGAUUUAUCUCACGCCAGAGAUGUUAUUUUAUCCUCAGUUGGGAUUGAGUUUUUUGCAGAACGAGAAGGAUUCGUUGUAACUAAUUACUGAUUCUAUUCUUGUGUACAGAUAGCCUAUUUAUCUAGUCGCUAGUCGCAGCACCCCCUCUCCAAACAUACGCCUUUGUGGCUAUGACUGCGGAUUUACUGUCUGAUUUGGAUAGUCGAUUCUUCGCUGAUAACCUCCUGACAAGCGAAGACUGGGAUGCCUGCCUGUACCAGUGUGAGAGCAUGGAGGAGGGAGAAGAGGGGGAGUACACGAGAGGACUGAAAUACGAAACAUCGUUUGAUAACAACCUCAUGUUGACCCUUGACCCUGACAAUCCCACAUCGCCAUGGAGACACCUGGACGACAACCUCCUCACAGGGGACUUCCCUGUGUUGAAGGACGAGAUGACCAUCACACAGCCUUUACCCGAGGACAUGUUGUUCCAGGUGAAGGCGGAGCCUCCCUCGCCUGCGUCCUCAUUGGCCACUGACUGUUCCAUGACCCCUGACCCCCAGAUCUCAGUUAAAGGGGAGAACCCCCCUACCCCUCCCUACAUGUUUGGAGAUGUGCUGUCUCCUCCUCUGGGGGCGAUGGAGGUGACUGUGGCCUCUGCAGGCCAGGGCCAGACCCCUGCCCCCGGCCCCCCUGGUCUGGACACAUCGCUGCAGGCCACUGUCGUGCCCGUGGUGUCCUCUGCGAAGGCGUGCAGCAUCCUGAGCAGUAAGCCAGCCAUCCAGCCCCGGCCGGUGUGCGUGGCCGCUCUACCCGUCCCCCAGGCUUCCAGCCCGGCCAGCACUCUCAUCCUGCAGGGCCUCUCCACAAUGGAGCAGGCCAGGCCCGUAGUCCUCUCCCAGUCGGUGUGUCUGGCCUCCGCUCCGGCCAUCGUCAAGAUGGAGCCCGUUUCUCCCACAAUGCCCCACUGCGCCAGCCCCUCGGCUCCGCCCUCCAGCAAGCCCAUCGUCCCAGCAACCCCUCUGCCAGGAAGUAGCUGCAACGACCUUGACGUGAAGGUUCUGAAGCGGCAGCAGCGCAUGAUUAAGAACCGGGAGUCGGCCUGCCAGUCCAGGAAGAAGAAGAAGGAGUACCUGCAGAACCUGGAGGGCCAGCUGAGGGAGGCGCAGCAGGAGAACGAACGCCUCCGCAGGGAGAACCAGGCCCUCAGGGAGAGGCUGGCCGGGAAGGAGGGCAGUGACUCGGCGAACAACAAGAGGGCCGUGUGUGUCAUGGCCGUGCUGCUCUUCAUCACCUUCAGCUUCGGACCCGUCAGCAUCCCAGACAGGAAGUGGGGGACGGGGUUACAAGAAGGGGUGGUCCCUUACACAGGAAGACGCCUUUUGGAGUUUGAGCAGGCCCAUAGCCAGGAGCAGAGCAAGGUGGAGGAGAGGAUGGACCCAGAGGAGGAGGGAGGGGAGGUGGAGAGAGACAUCGUGGAUCCGUAUCAGUUUAGGAACCUGAGCGACGUGUUCAGCGACAUGAAGGACCUGGUGCUGCAGGACCUCGAUCGCUACUUCACCUCCAACGACUGCAGGCAGUUCAACCGCUCAGAGUCUCUCAGGCUGGCUGAUGAACUGCGGGGCUGGGUCCACAGGCACCAGAUAGACAGGAAGAAGUCUGGAGGGAAACCAAAGACGGUGAAGAAGGCCAAGAUCGCCCAGAAAGCAGCUCAGCUGAGGAAAACCAACUUCUCCAGAUAUCUGCCCAUUCAGACCCAUCGUUCAAUAGAAAGUCAGCUCCAGGUGUUCCCCGGCCCCGAGGUCCGCUACAGUGACUUCUUGGACGCCAUUGACCGCCGAGAGGACACCUUCUACGUGGUCUCCUUCAGAAGGGACCACCUCCUCCUCCCGGCCAUCAGCCACAACAAGACCACCCGUCCCAAGAUGUCGCUGGUCAUGCCUGCCAUGUCUGUGAAUGAGAGCUUGUACAACUCAUCCCAGGGCAUUGAGAUGAUGAUGCAGGUGGACUGUGAGGUGAUGGACACGCGCAUCAUCCCCAUCAAGGCCUCGGCCGUGCCCCCCUCCCUCCGCGACCCGCCGCCCCCGCCCCCGGCCAGCCAUCACCACGGCAACCACACCUCGCUGCGGGGACGCCAUCACCCAUCCCCCCGGCAGCCGCUCCCAGUCCGCCGCCGGCCCGCCGAGUAUUACAUCAGCCAGGAGGGCGGAGUCUGAGAGGGGUAGGGAGGGGCUAGCGCAGGAGAGAAGACGGAUGGGAUGAUGCGGGGGAGGUGAAGGCCAGCCCGAAGGGGUCGUUUGUGGUGAAACUGUCAGGGAUUUGAGGAGACUGCCACCUUGUCUUAUGCUAAGAUGUAGUCGGCUAACAAUCUGGCAAACAUCUCAAGACUAAUUUGUUAUUAAUGAGUCCGCCACUCUUAAAACUUUAGAACUUGGACGUCAGUAACAACUUAUCUUAAAAAUAAAUGCUAGUUCUUUGGGACAUAUACCAAUGUCUCCUUAAAUUAACAAUAUCUUGAUAUUAAUAUAUAUAUAUAUAUAUAUAUAUAUAUAUAUAUAUACACACCCUAGCCACAUUCAGAAGAAGCAGUUUACUGCCCUUAAAGAGAGAGAUACUGUGUCAACAGAACAUUCUAGAACACAAAUACCUAUAAAUUAAUGCAGGUCCAGAGUAGAGCAUACUGCACACGUUUGUUUUCAAUAUGACUGAUGUUUUGGCAAUAUGACUUUGUAUAGUUUUGCGUGUGUAUAUUUGUGUCAGAUUGUUCAGUUGAUAAUUCCAGUCGGUGAAGAUGCCAGUCAUCAGAACAGACUACUUUGUUUUUGUGCUGUCUGGAUUUGAAACGGGGGACUAAUAUUAUUUAACUAUGUUUGUGUUGGUGUAAAUAUCUGUCUCAUUCUUGUCCCGACUACAGACAGAACAUAUAUCUCCUUCAGCUACAAAUAUUGCUUUCCAUAUAUUAGUUUCCAUUUGUUAGUGUUUUUCUAACAUCCUCCUUCCCCUUGGGAUGGUUACGGUCUGUCUGACCAAGCUGAUUUCUCAGCUUUUCUUUCCUACCAGAGCUGGAUGGUUGUUUUCUCAGUUUAGGUUCUACCAGCCAUGUGCUGUUCUUCGUCGUUCUGUUUGCCUGAAACACUGCACCUCGUCCCCUGCCUCCCCUGCUCCCCCUGCCUCCCCUGCCUCCCCUGUCCCCUGCCUCCCCUGCUCCCCCUGCCUCCCCUGCCCCCUGCCUCCCCUGUACCCUAUGUGCAGUCUAGGUACCUUGUCUCUGUGUCCUUGUCCCAGGCUCUGAGAGGAAAUGUCCUGUUAACAUGUGAGAUACCGUCUAGAGAUUUUCUUAACUUUUUUAAUAUAAAAUAUAUGAUAUGUCAUUGUCAAAGAGAAUGAAAA